GCGACGCGGCCGCCCCGGUGCCGGGAUCAUGGCGGCGGCGGCCGAGGCGGCGGCCGAGCUGUCUCAGGCUCUGUCCCGGCCCCUCAGCAUCCUCCAGCAGCCGGACUGCAGCCGGGCGGCGCGGCUGCGGGCUCUGGAGGACAUCCGCACGCAGCUGCAGGGCCGGCCGGUGCCGGGCGCGGUGCUGCAGGAGGUGUUCGCGGCGCGGCUGCUGCGGCCGCUGUCGCGCUGCCUGGCGGGGGACGCGGCGGAGCGGUGCCGGGAGCUCGCCCUGCAGCUGCUCCGCCACGGGCUCAGCCAGGGCGAGCGGCCCUGCGAGGCCCUGCCCGUGCUGCUGCCGGCCCUGGCGCAGCGGCUGUGCCCGCCGCAGGGCGCGGAGCCCAGCGAGGAGCUGCGGCUCGGCCUGGUGCAGCUGCUGGGCCUGCUGCUGCAGCGCUGCGGCGCCUCCAUGGCCCCCUACCUCGGCGACAUCGCCCGCGUCCUCCAGGCCACCCUGCUCGACCACUACGCCGAGGUCAGGCGGGAGAGCUGCGCCUGUGCCGGGGCCUGCGCCAGGGCCAUGCCAGAGCACUUCCAUCUGCAAUCAGAGUCUCUGAUAAAACCCCUGAUGCAGACAAUCUCCCACCAACACUACAGAGUUCGUGUUGAUGUGAUUCAGGCCACUGGAGCAGUGAUACAGUUUGGGAAUGGAAAGUCUGUGGAUGAUGUCCUGUCUCAUCUGGCCCAGAGGUUAUUUGAUGAGAUUCCCAAGGUACGGCACGCUGUAACAGCUGUCAUUGGAGAAUGGUUGUUGCACCUACGAGACAGAUACUCAUAUUUUCACAAGCUGAUCCCUCUGUUACUUGGCAGCUUUACUGAUGAAAUUCCUGAAAAUACGAAACUGGCUUGCACCUACUGGGAAAAGAUAGGCUUGCAAUGGGAGAAGGAGAAUGAAGAAGAUUUGAAGGAUAAGAUGGAUUUUAGUGUUUCACCAUCUCAUUAUCCCAAAGGAGAGACUCGACCAGGACUGGGUUGUCGGGAACUUGUGUCAAGAAACCUCUACAAAAUUCUCCCAGGUCUCUGUCAUGAUAUCACAGACUGGCUUGGAAGCACAAGAAUCAAAGCAUCCCAGCUCCUGUACACAUUAUUGCUGCAUGCAGAGGAUCACAUCACCCAACACAUGGAGCUGCUGCUGAGAACUUUGUACCAAGCAUGCUCAGAUGAAGAAAGUGAAGUGGUUAAAAAUAGUGUGAAAGCAGCAGAACUGAUUGGAACGUUUGUCAGCCCUAAGGUGUCUUUGAAAUUAAUCACCCCAGCCUUUGAGCAGACCCCCAAAGCCUCCUGUGUGAUGGUUCUGGCUGCAGUGAUUCGAGGCAGCCCAAGAGAAAUCUUACAGCCUCAUGUGGCCCAGCUUGGCAACACACUGUCACAGGCUGGAGUCUGUCAGAGGGCUGAGGAGGUCUUUUAUAUGGAGCAGCUGCUUUAUUGUGUGCAAGCAUUGAUUGAAGUGUGCCAGGAAGACUGCAAAGAAAUUAGCUUGCAGCUAAUGAAAGUUUUGGUGACCAUAAUGGCAACACCAUCUUCUCAGGACCUUAAAGAAAAGGUGGAGAAAACAAUGUAUUCCUUAGCUGCAGUGCAGCAAUUGGAAAGCUUUCAUGGUCUCUACAAGCAGCACAUAAUUCAGCUGCUGGAGUGGCUUGCAGUGUCCUGUGAAGGGUGGAGCUGCUAUUCCCCAGAAGUGUUGCAGUUUGAGGUCAUCACAACCCAUUCAGGUGCUGUCAUAGGUGAAGCUCUGGAUGACUUUGUUCUGGUUCUGAGGACGUGUCUGCAGCCAAACAGAGAUCCCCAGAUGAGGUUAAAGCUCUUCACUGUUUUAUCCCAGUUGUUGCAGAAAGCAAGUGAGACCAUCAAUUCUCAGGGGCUGUUCCCUAGCUACCUUGAGACUGUGAUAAAAGACAUCCUGGCUCCUAAUCUGCAGUGGCAUGCUGGAAGAACAGCAGCUGCCAUCCGUGCUACAGCUGUAUUGUGCCUUUGGGCUCUCAUCCACUGUGAAAUGCUUUCACCAAAAGAGAUCUUAAGAGUGAAAGAUGAGCUGAUGCCCCAAAUUAUUGCUUCCAUGGAUGAAGACUCUAAAAUUACUCGACUGAUGGCCUGUCGUAUUGUUGAUGUUUUUCUGAAAGUCUGUGGGAGGCAAUUCGAUGCAGAUAAAUUUAAGAACACUUACACAGAGGUGUUGAAGCGUCUGGACGAUGCCUCGUGCGAGGUGCGCCUGGCAGCUGCUCACACCUUGGCUAAUUGGUUUAAGUGCUUAAAGGACAGUGAUGUGAAAUCCUCAAUGGAAAAUCAUGUUGAGUUUCUGUACCAAGAGCUCUUGGUACAUCUCGAUGACCCAGAUGAAAAUCUCCAAAAAGCAGUCCUAGAAGUUUUAAAGGAAGGAAGCAUUUUAUAUCCAGAUCUGCUGGUGAGAGAAAUUGAAGGGGUUGUACACAAGCAUCAAACGCCAGUCUAUUGUAAUCAGCUGCUCCAUCACAUCCAGUCAGCCAAGGAAUCAGCUUUAUGAAUCACUGCUGAGAUUCUGUGUAGGAAACUGAUGUGAAAUCUGUAUGACUUGGAUUAUUUUUGUAUUUUUGUUUGCUUAAGAAAGGCUGAGCUGGAAAUACAUUGUUUUUUCUUUGUAAAUUCACUGUUGGUUCAUUUGAAAGUGAAACUAGCACAAUUCAAUGUUCUUUGCAGUUUGAACAGUUCUUUGUAUUUUCUAGCAAUAAAACAAUGUUUUAAUUCACUUUGCAUUGGUUUUUCAGAUACAGGGUUUAAAGAAGGGAUGUUUUUUCAGGAAUUUAAUUUUUAGAUUAUUUGACAAUGUAAUAAUUUAAUGUCAGAGUUACUAAUGUCAUACAGCAAGGAUUCAGUCUUUCAAAAAGCAUUUCACACUGGAUAAAAUCACACUUCACAGUCAGGUAUGUGGUGACCAGUUUUGUUAGGAAAAAAAACAGCCAGACUUCUCUUUCAUAAUGCAGCAAAGAGUAUAAUGUUUUGAAUAUUCAUAUUUAUGCUGAUGUAAUAGGGAAAUAGGUAGCACUAAAAGAAUGGUUUUUAUUUUUAUUGUAUUACAUUUAAUGAAUGAGUAAAGCUGAAUUUUUUAAAGAAGGUUUAUACAUGGAAAAAUGUGCUGUUUUGUCAUUUAGAUUAACAGUAUUUAUAUUUUUGUACUAAAUACAUGUCAUUUGCAGUUUUUAUGUUUACACCACUGUGCCUUGGAAAGCAAGCAACAUUUGUUUGCAUAUUGUUUUGAAAUUAAAUUCUGUGACUUUAGGUUAAAGUUUGGUUUGUUUGGGGUUUUCUUCGGUAGCUUUGUAGUGUGUAAAUUUUGGUGUCAUCUUCUAUUCUCAGCUGUGUAAUAAAAAAGGGAGCUCCUGGAUGCUGUGUA